AUGGGGAUGGGGGACAGGGGGAGCGUAAAAUCGCGAUUUGUUAGGGACGAAGGCGUUAAAAAGCGCGCGACGAUGCGACUCAGUCAAACCCAUACGCCAUGGCUCCAAACCCUAACCCUGACCCUAAUUUGCAGAAGCAGAAGAAAAAAAGACGACCGGCGUAGUAGAUCUCAAAAUCCUCCCCUAAUCAAGUUUUUUGCUAAAUUAGGAUUUGAACUUUGGGCUUUGGAGUUUCCAUGGAGGGGGCUUCUGGCGGGAACGACGUCGAACUGCUGUGCAAGACGCUACAGGUGGAACACAAGCUCUUCUACUUCGAUCUGAAGGAGAACCCUCGAGGUCGUUAUUUGAAGAUUUCCGAGAAGACUUCGGCUACGAGAUCGACGAUAAUCGUUCCUGUUAGUGGCAUUUCCUGGUUCUUAGAUCUCUUCAAUUACUACGUUAAUUCUGACGAACAGGACGUUUUUAGCAAGGAACUGCAGCUCGACACAAAGGUGUUUUACUUUGACAUUGGCGAGAAUAAAAGGGGUCGCUUUUUGAAGGUUUCAGAAGCAUCAGUUAGCAGGAAUCGUAGCACAAUUAUUGUUCCUGCUGGAAGUGCCCGUGAUGAAGGGUGGGCUGCAUUCAGGAACAUCUUAGCAGAGAUCAAUGAAACUUCAAGGCUUUUUCUCUUACCCAAUCAGCAAAAUUCUGAACCUUCAGAACGCCUUGUGGGUCUCUCCGAUGAUGUAGGUGCUGGCUUCAUUUCUGGCCAUAGUAGUCAAUCUGCGCCAGCAUCAGAGUUAAAUGUAGAAAGGACGGUUGAUUUGGCUCCGCAGGAUGAAAUUGGUAACUUGGGAGUUUCCAAGGUUAUAAGAGCUGACCAAAAGAGGUUCUUCUUUGAUCUUGGGAGCAACAAUAGGGGGCACUUCUUGAGGAUAUCUGAGGUGGCAGGGGCUGAUCGCUCUUCCAUCAUCCUCCCCUUAUCUGGGCUAAAGCAGUUUCAUGAAAUGGUUGGUCAUUUUGUGGAGAUUACCAAAGAUCGUAUUGAAAGUAUGACAGGUGCAAGUGUCCGAACAGUUGAGCCCCCGCAGAGAUGAACCUGAAGAGCUUUGGUGAAAGUUGUGAAUCUAUCACCUUUAUUGGAUGAUCUAUUGUUGUGGUUUGGUUAGGGCUGCGAUUGUGCUUUCUUGUCCUCUCCCCCCCCCCCCCUCUUUCCCCUUUUCUCAUUCAAGUCUGGUUGAAAAUAAUCUAAUUUCUCUAUCUUGCCACAAGUGGAGAAAUUGAAGUUUGCCAAACUUCCAACGAAGGAAUAACGGAGAACAUAUCUGAAAUUCUGUAAUUCUUGCAUCUAUGGAAGAGUGGCAUUGGCGUUGCAUCAGGUCAUGUUUUUUUUUUAUUAUUUAUUGUUCUAUUAAUUAAUAAAUUAGUUUAAUUUCAGUUGCAUCGACCAUAAAAUAACAUUUCCAAUAAUAGGAGUGAACAUUGAUGGUUUUACAGUUAUAUAAUCAAAUGAGCAUUGAUGGUUUUAA